UCUCAACACCGCCAAGAUGACGAAGGGUACUUCCUCGUUCGGUAAGAGGCACAACAAGACGCACGUUCUGUGCCGUCGUUGCGGCCGCCGCUCCCUCCACGUCCAGAAGCACACUUGCGCCUCGUGCGGUUACCCCUCGGCCAAGACCCGCAAGUACAACUGGUCCGAGAAGGCCAAGCGGAGAAAGACCACCGGCACCGGCCGCAUGCGCUCGCUCGCCGACGUUUCCCGACGAUUCAAGAACGGCUUCCAGACCGGCGGCCCCAAGGGUGCUCGCGGUGCUGCCAACCCCAACCCUUCCAAGGAAUAAAUUCGUCUUUUUUGGUACGCAGAGGACGACGGAAAAGAAAACCCGGGGGGUUCGACCUUGAAGGGGAACUCUUGGGCAAUGCAUGCAUAGGGACGGUCUAAGGGGGUGUUAAAGCGUGAACGAAACGCCGGAACUCGAGGUCACUGGGCUGGAGGGAUUCCGACAGGCUUUGCUUUAGGGAUAUGGACUCCAGCAAGGUCGCAAUCACAAUGCCAUUCUGACGCGUGCGCUGUCGAUGAGUCGUGCUGGCGGGUUAUGAGGAAGAGUGGU